GCUCAAGCUGAAUCAGCGUAGCUUCCGAGCCCCUAAUAGUCUCCUGUUACUUCAGACAAAUUACUAACCGGAGCAGCGGCGGCGGCGACACCCAUGGCCGGAGAGACGGUGAUCGGCCGCAUAAAGCUAGGGUCACAAGGGCUCGAAGUCUCCGCUCAAGGCCUCGGCUGCAUGGGAAUGUCUGCCUUUUACGGCCCGCCGAAGCCCGAGCCCGACAUGAUCGACCUCGUUCACCAUGCCGUUCGCUCUGGCGUCACUUUUCUCGACACCUCCGACAUCUACGGUCCCUUCACCAACGAAACCCUUAUUGGAAAGGCUUUAAGAGAAGGGUGGCGGGAGAAAGUUGAAUUAGCGACAAAGUUUGGCAUAAGGGAUGGAGGGAAUGGGAUUAGGGAGGUACGCGGGGAACCCGCUUAUGUAAGGGCGGCCUGCGAGGGGAGCUUAAAGAGGCUUGGUGUUGACUGCAUCGAUCUGUAUUAUCAACAUCGUAUUGACACUCGCGUUCCAAUCGAGGUCACGAUGGGAGAACUUAAGAAACUGGUUGAAGAAGGAAAGAUAAAAUACAUCGGAUUAUCUGAAGCUUCAGCGUCAACUAUAAGGAGAGCUCAUGCAGUUCACCCUAUUACUGCUAUCCAGUUGGAAUGGUCUUUAUGGACUAGAGAUUCUGAGAAAGAGAUAAUUCCUACUUGCAGAGAACUUGGAAUUGGAAUUGUUGCAUAUAGUCCACUUGGAAGAGGUUUCUUGUCUUAUGGGCCAAAGAUGGUUGAAGGACUAUCAGAGCAAGAUGCUCGCAAGAAAAUGCCUAGGUUUCAAAGUGGGAAUGUGGAGCAAAAUGCCGGGAUAUUUGAACGUGUGAAUUCAAUGGCAUCAAGGAAGGGAUGUACUCCAUCUCAGCUUGCCCUGGCUUGGGUUCAUCAUCAGGGAAAUGAUGUCUGCCCCAUACCUGGCACAACCAAGAUUGAAAACUUCAACCAGAACAUUGGAGCACUAUCUGUAAAGCUUAGCCCUGAAGAAUUGGCUGAGCUCGAAUCCUAUGCUUCAGAAGAUGUCGUGAAGGGUGACCGGAAGAUCGCCGGAGCUCCCAGUUGGGUGGAUUCUGAAACCCCACCUCUUUCUUCAUGGAAAGGAGAAUGAAUGAUUCUAUAUUGCUUGUGCCUAUGGGAUGCAGAAGCAGGUUACAAGUUCUAUUUUCUGCAUACUGUACUUCAGUUUAAGAAAUGCUUGCUGGUAUUUUAUGUUUGUGGUGAUUAGUGUGCUGUGUUGAGUGUUAUAUGUUGCUAAUGUAUGACAACUUUAUUGAGCUUAAAAGGAAGGAAAUCACAUAUGGCUCAUCUUGAUCUGUUGGUUGGGGGUUUUGACUACUAACUAAGAGGUCUUGAGUUCGAAACUUGUGUGUGUGAGUUUGCCUUAAUGGCUCAAAUAUCCAAAAAACUAAAGAAAUCACUGUAUUCAACUAUAAUCUAUAAUAUAUCCGUUCUUAUGAAAUAA